UGCAAGGUGAAAACUGCGCCGGAAUACGGAUACGGGGACUGAGCCUACAUUUUGCCCCAUCCAAUUGCGUUUGCUCUUUUGGCGAGGCAUAGUUGACGAAAGGGAUUAUUGAAACUCGAAGUGUGAUACGCAGACCUUUCAGGAUGCAGCGGCAUAUACAUACUUGCUCUACGUGUGGCACGAGGUGACCGGCCUGCUGGCGCGCCAUCCUGAACACCCUGUGCCAGCAGGCCAGUUGCUGUGCGUUUGGCACGAAGUGACGGGCCUGCAGGUGGGCCACCUGUUCCUACUGCUUUUCCUGCUGCAAUCGGAGGUGCUAUCCAACCACCGGCUUGGUGAAGGCCUCGCCUACCCGUAUGCGAUCCUCAACACCUGGUUCCAGCAGGCCAGUUGCUGUGCAUGUGGCAGGAGGUGACAGGCCUACAGGUGGGCCACCUGUCCGUACUGCUUUUCCUACUGCAAUCGGGGGUGUUAUCUCACCACCGGUUUGGUGAAGGCCUCGGCUACCCGUAUGAUCCUCGACACCUGGUGCCAGCCGGCCAGAACGCAAGCUAGGGAAAUGUGGUGGUCCGGAACUCCAGGCGAAGACAGCGCCGGAGUACGGAUACCGGGACGAGGACUACAGCUCUUCGUCUCACCCAACUGCGGUCGCUCUAACAAGAUAUUCCUAAUGGACUUUGGCGAGAUAGGAAGACAGCGGAAUGAACGGGAAGCCCUGGUUCAGGGAACAGCGCUUGCUCGGGGAUUUGAAAAUCUCGCCACGUAUACGGAGGUGUCUCAUACGACUGUCCCGUCGCACUUGAGAGAAUGGACUAAUUGCCUGUUGCACAAAACGGCGUGGGUCGCGCGGAUCACAACUGACCACAAUGCGUCCACUUGGUGGUCUGCAAUGUAUCCUCGAAAUGGAGGCGAAACUCCGGGCCCGAGUGGGACGUAACUCAUCCUCUGGCAGCUCCAAAAAAAAAUCUGCUUCAACGUUUAUGUUCCUACUUGUUGGCUGGAAUGUUCCAACGUUAGUCUGUAUACGGACCAGCAACUAGCCGGAUCUCGCAAUAAA